AUGGAUAGCAACACGGUGGCAAGUUUUGUCAAAAAGCCACAGACAAUUGUCCGGUUUAUAUCCAUUGUAAGUGCUUCAGUAGCUCAUAAUUUAAUUCAAGGCAGGAAAAGUAGCUUUAUUAGUUAACGUUGAGGUUAAAAAUUGUUAUGUGAGGGCUCGUCAAAUGGAAACCUUUCAUUGCUGAGCUAAGCACACGGCUAAAAUUAGCUUAUUUGUAAUGCUAGCAUCAGUAAAACGUCUCGUGAUUUACAUUAUUUGUGCAAAGUUAAGGUUUUCGUUGGCCUUUAGCAAGGUUGUAGCAUAGGCAAACUUGUGUCAAACAUGUUGGUCUUAAUUGAUUUAAAUUAUAGCUUCCCUCUGUCUUCUGUGAUCAUAGCGUCUUCUGUGAUCAUAACAAGAGUGAACAUUCAGUGAGCUCAGUAUAACUGGUUACACUAUCUGUCUCUACCUCACUAAAGCAAUUUUUAAUUUCUAGUAUAAUAGUUAUUAAUGCGAUCUAAAUAAUAGUAAAUAAAUUAUUUUAUUUUUUUAGUGUUGGAGCAACACUGCUCUAAGGCACCCAGUCAUUCUGUACAAAUAUUCCCUGAACAUUCUACAUUGGAACCCCAAUAAUCCAGCUAAACAGAACCAGGAUAAACAGUGCAACAAUAGAGCCUUCCAAUUUUUUCCCAGGUUUUGACAAGGACUAAUUAGCAAAUAUCCAUCAACAGCGCAGGGAAGCUCAUGUUAAAAUUAGUAAACAAACUUGCCAAAUUUGAAAGUAAUACUUAUGAGGCAAGUGCAGACUAAUAAAGCUUUUCAAAGUCUCGAAAUUUUACAAUGCCUGGUAAAUUUUGUGACUAAAUCGUUCUCAAACUUGGCGAGGCUACUUUUUGCAGGGUGCUCUUUCCAGCAGAGUUGACAGAUUUUUGUUGACUUAUCCCUUCAAAAGUUGAAUAACUGUAGAAGGGUCAUCUAGACGUAUUUAUUUGAUGACAACUUCACCAGGCCUCAUCAAUUUUAUGAGAAGGUUUUCUUAUGCAUCAGUCAAUUCCAACUGCGAUGACUUUUCGCUCCCCGCUCCUUCCCCCCAAAUACAGGACACCUGGUUGCAGGUUAAGUUGAUAUUGAGAUCUGGAUAAUAUAUUGAGGUUGACUUUUACAUAGAUGAAGUCAAUAGAGAGAUUGAACAUCGCAUUUAUGGCAAACGGCAAAUGUGAAUUUGUACCACAUGAUCAAGUUUUCCAUUUACUUAUCGUUUACUGUUCAUUAUAGCUACACAAAAGUCAGUAGAUUCACACUAAUUCUUUCCAUAACAGUAUGUUUUAAGCUGUUUUAAUCUGCUCAUUUCUCAUUUUAAAAAUUUCUCGACCUGAAUCUCACAUUUUCACAUUUGCCAUAAACGUGAUACUUAAUCUUUCUAAUAAUGCACAAAAAUAUCCAGUUAAGAAUAUGAGAUAAAUUUUAUUUUGAUUCUUCUUUUAGAUUUUUGCAAUAGUUGUGUUUGGAUGUAUUUCUGCCCGUGGCUAUGAUGACAAUGGCAUUUGUCUAUAUAAUAAGAAAAUAGGAGCAUGUCACUAUGGUAUUGGCAUUGGUGUGAUCGCUUUCCUGGGAUGUAUUGGAUUCCUAGCUAUUGAGGUGCAGUUUGACACCAUUGAGAAUCCAGAUACAAAGAAAUACAUCACCUUGGCUGAUCUAGCGUUUUCUGCACUAUGGUGCUUCCUCUGGUUUGUGGGUUUCUGUUAUCUUGCUGAUAUGUGGAGAAGAAUGGACACAGCUUCACUCUUAACAGAGCAAGUUAAUAACUGCCAAGCGGCUAUUGCCUUUUCAUUUUUCUCCAUUAUCACAUGGGUAAGUUUGUUUAGAGUGUAUUCCAGUGUCUGUUUAAUUAUAUGUGCAAGAAAAUGCUAGCAAUCUCACUUUUGAAUCAGAGGGCUGCUUUACUAAAUGUUAACAACAAUUUCACGAUAAAGCAUCUCAGACAAAUGACUAAUUUUGUACUUUUUGCAAAGCAGGAUUUGAGGUAAAGCAUUGUAUAUUCAACAAAAGUAUUCCCAUAUCGGUCAAAGAGCAAUAUGAUUACAUAGCGUAACUUAUAAAAUCUGCUUGAGACAUGAUGUUAAUUUUAACACUUGUGAGGUGUAUUAGAGUAUUAGCUGUGGUGUUUCCAUAAUUUUAAAUCUUUUGUUACAAUGCCCCUCGUACACCUUGUAUACUUCCCAAACUUUUGCAUAACCACUGUUUCCAAUUUCCUCUGGGUUUUACAGCCAUCUCAAGAGAAAUUAGAAACAAUGCUUAAUGCAAAUUGUUUUAGGACAAAAAGGUUGCAUUUUGGGCAAUGUGACAGUGGGAAAAUAUCAUAUACCGUAUUUCCUUGAGUAAGUACCCAGGCUCUAAUUUAAAAUUGCAGCUGAAAGGAGGGGCUCUUAUUGGAAGGAUGGUGUUUAAUCAAGGCCACAUGGGAUUGCUAUAACUUGUCCUCUUCUUGGUAAUCAAGCAUACCAUAGUCCCAUAAAAAUGUAGUUAACACAAGGAUGUAGUGGUAUAAAUGUUGAAAUUGAAGAUUAAAAUUUAUCAAUGAAGUAGCAGUAGAAACAGGAUUUUCUUUAUCGCUACUGUGAAGAAAGUAUUAGGGAGAGAAGGAGUGCUUAUUCAAGAGGGGUGCUUGUUUUGGCCUGGCAGUUGGGGCUUAUUAGAGUGUGGGUGUUUAUUUGAAGAGAUAUGGUAUAUGAUACAGUGUAAUAAUUCAAUGUUAUUACUAGUACGUCACUAUUAAAAUUUUGUUUAAUAUUUUUUUCUAAAUUCGAAUACAUCAUGCUAAACAUUCAUACAUCAUUGUCCAAUAUGCUAACUUUUAGGGUGGGCUGACUGUGAUGGCAUUCCUCAAGUACCGUCGCCUUCUGACAGAGUUUGAAUAUUCGAGGGAUAAUUUGGCAGGGGAUCCAUACUCAUCACCAUAUGCUCCAUACCCCACCUCACAAGGCCAGGGGGAUNGUGGUGUUUCCAUAAUUUUAAAUCUUUUGUUACAAUGCCCCUCGUACACCUUGUAUACUUCCCAAACUUUUGCAUAACCACUGUUUCCAAUUUCCUCUGGGUUUUACAGCCAUCUCAAGAGAAAUUAGAAACAAUGCUUAAUGCAAAUUGUUUUAGGACAAAAAGGUUGCAUUUUGGGCAAUGUGACAGUGGGAAAAUAUCAUAUACCGUAUUUCCUUGAGUAAGUACCCAGGCUCUAAUUUAAAAUUGCAGCUGAAAGGAGGGGCUCUUAUUGGAAGGAUGGUGUUUAAUCAAGGCCACAUGGGAUUGCUAUAACUUGUCCUCUUCUUGGUAAUCAAGCAUACCAUAGUCCCAUAAAAAUGUAGUUAACACAAGGAUGUAGUGGUAUAAAUGUUGAAAUUGAAGAUUAAAAUUUAUCAAUGAAGUAGCAGUAGAAACAGGAUUUUCUUUAUCGCUACUGUGAAGAAAGUAUUAGGGAGAGAAGGAGUGCUUAUUCAAGAGGGGUGCUUGUUUUGGCCUGGCAGUUGGGGCUUAUUAGAGUGUGGGUGUUUAUUUGAAGAGAUAUGGUAUAUGAUACAGUGUAAUAAUUCAAUGUUAUUACUAGUACGUCACUAUUAAAAUUUUGUUUAAUAUUUUUUUCUAAAUUCGAAUACAUCAUGCUAAACAUUCAUACAUCAUUGUCCAAUAUGCUAACUUUUAGGGUGGGCUGACUGUGAUGGCAUUCCUCAAGUACCGUCGCCUUCUGACAGAGUUUGAAUAUUCGAGGGAUAAUUUGGCAGGGGAUCCAUACUCAUCACCAUAUGCUCCAUACCCCACCUCACAAGGCCAGGGGGAUCCUUACCAAGCCAAGCCAUUCUCUGAUCAGCAAGCUGACAGUGCCCCUGGAGAAGAUAGUGCUGAUAAAUAUACUCCUCCGCCAUACUAG